AUGUCGAAAGAACCGUUUUCAAUUAACAGCAGACAGCAGGGAAACUUUGACACCCCCUGUCAAACUGGAACAACUAGAGUAGGGAAUUAUUGCAUUGAAAAAGACAGGAGUGCACUUUUUCCUAUUGAUAGCAGACAUCCGGAUGCUUUUGACGGCGGCUGUCCCUCCGGAAAAGAAAGAGUAGGCGAUAUAUGCGUUUCAAUAUGUCCUCCUGGACAGUUUAGAGUAGGAGAUAAAUGCAAAACACAAUUUCUAAUUGCAAGCAGAUCAAGUUUCAUCAGCGAAUGUCCCACUGGAAGAGAAAGAGUAGAAGAUAUAUGCGUUCCAGUAUGUCCCCCUGGUACAACUAGAGUAGGGAAACAUUGCAUUGAAAUAGACAGAAGUGCACUUUUUCCCAUUGAAAGCAGACAUCCGGAUGCUUUUGACGGCGGCUGUCCCUCCGGAAAAGAAAGAGUAGGCGAUAUAUGCGUUCCAAUAUGUCCUCCUGGACAGUUUAGAGUAGGAGAUAAAUGCAAAACACAAUUUCUAAUUGCCAGCAGAUCGAUUUUCGUCAGCGAAUGUCCCACUGGAAGAGAAAGAGUAGAAGAUAUAUGCGUUCCAAAAUGUCCCCCUGGACAGAGCAGAGCUGAUGAUGGAACAUGUUUAGAUGAGGAAUAA